AUGAACAUCGCUAGAACUCACAAACGGACAUACCAACCGUUGGCCCAAAACGACUUCGAAGACGCUCAGUAUCAGGUGACCGGUGGAAGCAGCGAUUCGGAGCCGGACGAGUACGGUGAAGGUGACGAUCCCGAGGCAGCACUAACGCCAGGCCGCAAAUGGUUGCGGUCGGCGCAAGGUGUCAUCGAUCCGCUGGGAGCUGGUCUUGAGGCGAACAAGAAAUCGGAAAUGUAUAAGGAACUCGUCUUUUCUGGUAAACGAAACCUCCGGCGGUACCUGCUGUUGGGUACGGUCGCUGUAAUACUUACCGUAGUGGCCGUCGCACUCGUCGUCAUCCUCACUGCCAGCAACGACGAUGAAAAUGGUCCAGAAACCGCACCCAUCGUACGGGAGGGCGAACCGAUCACACUGGAAGACAUUCUGCAGGGUCGUCUGUCCGCCAGUGGGUUUACCGGUACCUGGACCUCGAAUGGAAAGAUCAUCUUCCGCGAUGACUUCGGCACGGUUAUGGUGUACGAUCCGGAACAGAACGACACCAAGACGCUGCUCGGAGUCGCGAACGAGGAGCAGCUGCAGGGCUUCAAGUUUGAUCUCUCGCCGGAUGGAAAGUAUCUGCUGGUCGCGCGCGGUUACAGUAAGAUCUUCCGGCACAGUUACCUUGCGAUCUAUGACAUUGUGGACAUGGCGACCAAGCAAAUCAUUCCGGUGAAUGUCGGUGGACAACGGCGUGCUCUAAAUCUCGUCGAGUGGAGCCCUGUGAACCACUCGUUUGUGUUCGUGUAUCAGAACAAUCUGUACUACCGGGAAACUCCGAACUCGGUGGAGGUGCAGAUCACAACCGAUGGUAGCCCCAGCGUUUACAACGGCAUCCCCGACUGGGUGUACGAGGAGGAGGUGUUCUCCACCAACAUUGCCACCUGGUUCUCGCCGGACGGGAACCGUAUCGCGUUCAUUCGCUUCAACGACACGGAAACACCGCUGAUGAAGAUUCCAAUCUAUGGACCACCGGGCAAUCCGGACUAUCAGUAUCCUCGCGAGCUUACGCUACACUACCCGAAAGUUGGCACCAAAAACCCCGAAGUGCAUCUGUUCCAGUACGAUCUGGGCGCUCGAACACUGCAGGAGAUUGAGCCACCGGCCGAGUUGGUUAAUCAGAACCGUGAUCACAUCAUUACGAGCGUUGGCUGGACACGCGAACGGCUCGUCACGAUCUGGAUGAACCGGGUCCAGAACCAUGCGAUUAUACGGUCAUGCACACCCGUACUAGUGCCCGGUACGCCCCAGUGUAUGACGGUGCAUGAGAUAAACGAAUCGGCCGGUUGGUUGGAUCUGUUCAGCGCACCCGUAUUUAACGGUGACGGAACACACUUCCUCGUCAUUUCCUCCUCGAUGCAGGGUACGGCCGGUGGGUUUAAGCACGUCACCAUGAUCUCCACCACGCAACGUUCGGCCGUACCGCUGACCAAGGGCACGUUCGUUGUGCAGGAAAUUCUCCGAUGGGAUGCGAAGAGUAACAUGAUCUUCUACACGGCCAACACCGAAACCGAGUCGCACGUGUUGCAUGUGUACGCGCUGCAAGGUCGACAGGAUGCACCGGCUGCUCAGUGUCUGACGUGUGACGUGGAGGUGGGCGCCAAGCAGAGCUUCUUUAACGCGCAGAUGGGUCCGAACGAUGGCAACUAUAUGGUGCUGGAAGCGCGCGGUCCCAAUGUACCCUGGACGCAUGUAUUCCACUGGAGUGUGGUCGACAAUGCCGUGCAGCUGAAGCAGAUUAAGGUGUGGGAAGCGAACGAUUUCCUUAAUCGUGCGCUCAAGGGGAAAGCGAUUCCGCGUGUGGAAAUACACGAGAUCGAUCUCGACAAUGGAUUCACGGCGAAGGCAAUGCUACUGAUUCCACCCGGCACGAACACUUCCAGCGCAGCGGUCAAACAUCCGAUGCUGGUGGAUGUGUACGGUGGACCGAACUCGGCCAACGUCGUCGGCAGUUGGUCGAUCGGUUGGGGUACCCAUCUGGCCUCGAACCGUUCGGUCGUGUACGCUAAGAUUGAUGGUCGCGGCAGUGGACUGCGUGGUGAUCGGCUGAUGUACCAGAUCUACCGCAAGCUUGGUACGGUGGAGGUACAGGAUCAGAUUGCCGGUGCUCGGAAGCUUGCGGAACGGCUUCCCUUCAUCGAUCCGGGCCGGGUUGCCAUCUGGGGCUGGAGCUACGGUGGUUACGCAUCGGCAAUGGCACUCGCGCAGGACACCAACCACGUGUUCCAGUGUGCCGUCUCGGUGGCACCCGUUACCGAUUGGCUGUUUUACGAUUCCAUCUACACGGAGCGUUACAUGGGACUGCCGGCGGCAACGGACAACCGGAACGGUUACGAAACAUCCCGACUGACCGCACUGCACGAAAGAUUCCGAAAUCGGACGUACCUGCUGGUGCACGGUACGUACGAUGACAACGUACACUUCCAGCAAGCAAUGCAACUUUCCCGCGCACUCGAAACGCACGACAUCAUGUUCAAACAAGUGAGUUACCCCGACGAAGAUCACAGUCUGGCGGGUGUCCGGCCCCAUCUUUACCACACGCUUGGUAAAUUCUUCAGCGAGUGCUUAAAGUUAGACUAA